UAUAAAAAACAAAAAUUUGGUGAAAUGUAAAUAACAUAUUUUUAUAUUCUACUUAAUUUUAUAUAUUUUUUUCUUUUCCUAUCCCAAAUCCGUUAUCAAAUCACUCAACCAAACACGCCUUAAACUUCUCUCUCUAGAUUGUUCAACUUUAAUUUAUUCAAGUUUCUCUCUCUGUAUAUACAUAUAAGGAUUGUAGAACCAAGAGUUCGUGCAUUAAUGGAGACUUCUACUAGUUCUCCAAAGUUCUCGCUCUCACCUUGUUGAUUGUUCCGAAAUUGUUCUGAUUUUGGCCAACUCAAAUUGAAAUGAAAGCGCGAUAGAACUGGAGGUUUCUGAUUUGGAAGUUAUAUAUAUAUAUAUAUAACUCCUUCAUAAAUAAAGAGUAAUAGUCAAUGGACGAUCUGUAUUGUAUUCAUUCUUCAAUUUCGUGUUCAGAUGAUGUCACCGGUGGCGUCGGAAACUCUCCAACGACUGUCCAAGCAUUUGACGGUGCGGUCCAGUUCGAGACGGCGGAGAUGGAGGUCGGCGGAUUGGAGAUGUCUGAUCUCAUCAAGGAUCAGAUUGCGAAUCAUCCGCUUUGUCCAAACCUAGUCUCUGCCUAUAUUCAAUGCCGAAAGGUUGGAGCACCACUAGAAAUGGCAUCACUUCUUGAAGAAAUCAGCAAACAGAACCGACAUUCGACAAGCAGUCGCUGCGAAAUCGGCGCCGAUCCUGAACUUGAUGAAUUCAUGGAAUCGUAUUGUGAGGUGCUGCAUAGAUACAAGGAGGAGCUAUCGAAGCCGUUUGAUGAAGCGACGACGUUCCUGAGCAACAUCGAGUCAGAGCUGAGUAGCCUCUGCAACGAGACGUUAACGACCUCGUUCAAACCCGGGAAUUGUCCGUCUGAUGAAGCAUCUGGUACUUCGGAGGAGGAUUUGAGCUGUGGAGAAGCAGCUGAAAGUCGUGAAUCUUCCGGUCCCCAAUCAAGGGAACAGGAGCUGAAGGUAAUGCUAUUGCGCAAGUACAGUGGGUAUCUUAGCAGUUUGAGAAAGGAUUUCUUCAAAAAAAGAACGAAAGGGAAGCUAUCAAAGGACGCAAGGAUAGCGCUGCUUGACUGGUGGAACACACACUACAGAUGGCCAUACCCUACAGAAGAGGAAAAAAUGAAAUUGUCAGAAGUUACUGGACUAGACCAAAAGCAGAUUAACAACUGGUUCGUAAACCAGAGAAAGAGGCAUUGGAGACCAUCUGAAGACAUGAGGUUUGCACUCAUGGAAGGUGUCAGUGGGGGCAUUGGAGGGCCCGUGUACUUCGACAGUGCAGGAGAAGCUGGAAGUGUUGAUAAUUAAACUGUGGCAGCCUUGUACGAAAUUGGGUUUAUGUUGCUUUCAAUUAUUGGGGACCAUUUUUACGAAAGUUAUUUUGGGUUCUGUUAAAUGCAAUGUUACUUGCCAAUUGAUAUGUUGGAGGCAAAAUAAAAAAACAUCACAUUUCUGUGGCGUUGUACCAUUAACAAUGUAUAGUUUUAGCGCCACUGCUGUAUAUGUUAUGUUUUGAGAUGGUCAAAUAAUGUAGUUGUUUGAAAUCUUUAUUGUGUGUGUAUGUGUGAGAGAGAGAGUAAUGUAAUUUUGAGAUGGUCAAAUAAUCUAGUUGUUUGAAAUGUUUAGUGU